AUGAUAUCAAAUCAAUAUCCACAAUCACCAUUCACAAAUGGUGGAGCUACAACAACAAUCAAUCGAAACAACAAUGGAACAGCAACAUUCUUUAGAACACAACAACAACAACCAACAACAAACUAUCAAUCACAUCGUUAUGAUGAUAAUGAUGAUGAAGAUGAUUAUAAUAGAUUGUUUGAAACACCAAAGAUAAAGAGACAGCCUCAUGAUGAUAAUGUUAAAUAUCCAAUUGACUUUCAUGAGAGAGAGGUAACAAAGGAGGAGUUGUUGACCGUUCAUCUGGAGACAUUAAAGAAGGAGACGACGUUGCAACAGAGUGCGAUCAAAGAGACCAAUGACAAGUAUCAAGAGGCAUUAAAGACAAUCGACAAGUUACAAGCUGAGGUCAAAGCGAUGACCCAAGACAAGUCACAACGCGAUCAAGAAAUGUCCGAGUUGAAGCACCUCCUCAAUAUACAAGCCGACAAAUGGACUCAACUUAGGAACUAUAGCAACGAACAAUCAGAUGUGAUUAAUAAGCAGAGCAAUACUAUUAGUGAGUGUCAUCAACAGAUACAUACUAGUAGGGAGCAGAUUAGUGACUUGAUUCGUGCGAGGACUGCUUUGAUCAUUGAUUUGGACAAUGCCAAGAGUGAUCUGUUGCAACGUGGAUUGCAACAACAACAGCAGAUGGAACAACUGAACAUCACAUCCACGGCAGGUCAAUACCGUGCCAAGAUUGAUGAGCUCUCAAACAAACUGAUGAUUGCCAAUGAUACCAUCAAGAAGUUGACAAUGGACAACAACAACAACAUCAACAGCAGCAGCACAUUAAAUGGCGGAGCAUCAAAGAGGAAGGAUGGUCCAAUGGCCACCACCUCCGCCUCCAUCAAUGAGUUGGAGGAGGAGAAUCAAUGGCUGACAAAGGAGUUGAAUGAUUUGAGAAUCAAGUACAAUCAGUUGGUCAGCGAUCACAAUAAUACAUUGGGAACGAUCAAUGAUGUUGAGAUGGUCAUUGAGGCGAUCACCAAGGAGAACACCAAUCUCAAGUCAGAGAGAGAGAGUCUGUUGAACGAUACGAUGACACUAAAUGGCAAACUGGCCAACCAGGAGGAGCAAUACAUGUCGUUCAAGCAGCAGAUGUAUGCCGACCAGCGAGAGCGACGUACAUCGGACGAGAGCAUGCUGGAUCAAUCAAAGCGCGAGCUCAUUGAGAUUGUUCGCGAACUCUCUGCCAUCAAACAGCAACUCAAAAAGCUGGAUCAAUCCCUUGGCUUUAGGUUUGCCAUCAGUGGCAACAAUACCAAUGGUGGUGGUAGAUCAAUGUAUAAUAGUAACAACAACAACAAUGGCAAUGGUAUUGGCAAUGGAAAUGGCAAUGGAAAUGGACUCAAUCCUUUUGCAUCGUUCAAUUCCAGCGACUCACUUGUAGACAACUUGCAAAAGGUCCACGAUGAGAUACUCAGCAUCAAACAAACAAUCAUGAACCAACAGUACUACUUGCUGCGAUCAGCAGCCUCUUGA